UCUAUUAUUUUAGAGGGAGGGAAGAAGUAAAGACGUGAGGACUGCAGUUCACUGUAAUGAAAAGAAUAAUCGAAAAAGUGGGCUGGCCGCCCCUUGCUUUCCCCGCUGGGGUUGCGGGGGUGGUCUUGGUUGUUGAGGUUUUGGCACCGAGUACCCAUCUCUCCUCCCCCUUUUCACUCUCCCCUCGGACCCAUUCUCUUCUCCAGCUCCUAUGUCAGUUCAGGGUCCCGUGUGUUUUUAUUACGUGUGUGUGAGCACAAAACAGUUUGCUGACGAUGGGGCUGGGUGUAAGUUCCCGGCAGAGCAAAGUCUGAUUAUUUGGUCAUCUUGCUGUCAAAAGAAAAAAAAAAGACAGAAAAGACAAGAGACCCCCCCCCCCCGCCCCCCCACCCCCCAUCAUCACACCUUACACUCGCUCCGUUGGAAUAAUUCUAUAGCUUUAACUCCAAUUCUCAGUUGAAUUGACAUUCUUUGGGGCUAUUUGGAUGGUGGAACUGAAUGCAAUUUUAAGUGCAUUUUAUUUUUCUUCCAUGGCUUUACAAAGAGUGGCAAUGAAGACGAAAUUAAACACCUACAACAUGCAGUUGCUGCUGCUGCUUUUCUUGUUGUGGGACCCAGCCAGGUUGGUGCUGGCUAACAUCCAAGAAGACGAAGCUAAAAAUAACAUUACCAUCUUUACAAGAAUUCUAGACAGACUUCUGGAUGGUUAUGAUAAUCGGCUUAGACCAGGACUGGGAGACAGUAUUACUGAAGUCUUCACUAACAUCUACGUGACCAGUUUUGGCCCUGUCUCAGAUACAGAUAUGGAAUAUACAAUUGAUGUUUUCUUCCGACAAAAAUGGAAAGAUGAACGGUUAAAAUUUAAAGGUCCUAUGAACAUUCUUCGACUUAACAAUUUAAUGGCUAGCAAAAUCUGGACUCCUGAUACCUUCUUUCACAAUGGGAAAAAAUCAGUAGCUCAUAAUAUGACAAUGCCAAAUAAGCUUCUUCGAAUCCAGGAUGAUGGGACUCUGCUAUACACAAUGAGGCUUACGGUUCAAGCCGAAUGUCCAAUGCACUUGGAGGAUUUUCCUAUGGAUGCUCAUUCAUGUCCUCUGAAAUUUGGCAGCUAUGCAUAUACAACCUCAGAGGUCACUUAUAUUUGGACUUAUAAUGCAUCUGAUUCAGUACAAGUUGCUCCCGAUGGUUCCAGAUUAAAUCAGUAUGAUCUGCUGGGCCAAUCAAUUGGAAAGGAAACAAUUAAAUCCAGUACAGGUGAAUAUACCGUAAUGACAGCUCAUUUCCACUUGAAAAGAAAAAUUGGGUAUUUUGUGAUUCAGACAUAUCUGCCUUGCAUCAUGACUGUCAUUCUCUCCCAAGUGUCAUUCUGGCUUAACAGAGAAUCUGUGCCUGCAAGAACUGUGUUCGGAGUAACAACUGUUCUAACAAUGACAACUCUAAGCAUCAGUGCACGGAAUUCCCUCCCCAAAGUGGCAUAUGCGACUGCCAUGGACUGGUUUAUUGCUGUUUGUUACGCAUUUGUGUUCUCGGCCCUAAUUGAAUUUGCAACUGUUAACUACUUCACCAAGAGAGGAUGGGCUUGGGAUGGGAAGAGUGUAGUGAAUGACAAGUCCCCUUCAAUAAAAGCUGAAGGCAUUACAUUAACAUACAACUCAGUGAAGGCAAUUCUUCAAGGAGCUAAGCUAAUAUGGUCCAAGUAUAUAGCUUUCUCAUGGCCCAAUUUAAUCCAAGGAAAGACUUUAGAGUACUUAGAGAAGUGGAUGGACUGUAUAACCUUCAAACAAUCUUCUAAAAAAGAAAAAGCCUCUGUCAUGAUACAGAACAAUGCUUAUGCGGUGGCUGUUGCCAAUUAUGCCCCGAAUCUUUCAAAAGACCCAGUUCUCUCCACCAUCUCCAAGAGUGCAACCACGCCAGAACCCAAUAAGAAGCCGGAAAACAAGCCAGCGGAGGCCAAGAAAACCUUCAACAGUGUUAGCAAAAUUGACAGAAUGUCUAGAAUAGUUUUCCCAGUUUUGUUUGGUACAUUUAAUUUAGUUUACUGGGCUACGUAUUUAAACAGAGAACCUGUAUUAGGGGUCAGUCCUUGAAUCUAGACACAGGUUAUCUUUGGGAUGUAUAGCAACAUAGGACUUUGUUUGUUUUGCUAUGUACAGUCUGACUAAUAACUGCUAAUUUGUGAACCAACAUGUACAGUAUGUAUAUAGCUAUAAAGCUUACCAGUAGACCUCUAACGGAGACACGCAUUUGCUAACUUGUGGAACUACAGGCAGAAAGCACCCCAUUCCCAAAGAGCCAUUGCCUUUUUUAAAGAUUUACCCUAGGAACUCGUUUAUAGUGGGUUUCACAUGAUCUAAUUUGUUUCCUACUAGUGAUGAAAGUGGGGAUCCCAUACCACACUUGAUGAACUCUUUUGAUUUAGGUCUUAAAUAGGACUGUUUUCUCCUGUUGCCUAACUAUAACGUAAGGUAACACUGUCGUUCCAAGAUGAAUUCUUCUAAAUCACAGAACCUCGUAUCUGCCACAUCAUUUCCCUUCAUGAGUGCUCCGAAUCCCUGCUAGUGUAAUUGGAAGCUUAGCACACAUCAGAAGAAAAACUAGAGAUCUGAAAUCAGCUUUUAAUUACUCUGUAUAGCAUCUAUAGCAACAUAUUACCGCAUGACAAGCUCAAAUAAUUACGAGUCACUCCUGACAGGAUGUUAAUUAUGCCUAGAAUUUAAUAACUAUCGGAAUGUCAUGGUCAUUACAUUUUAGCAUCAGAGUUUAUUUGGGAGUAAUAAUUGAAAUCCUACAGAUUAUUUUAAUCAUUGGAAACUACCUUAAAUUAAAAAAAAAAAAGACAGAUAUGUCUUACUCUUUCCAGGUAUGUGUUGUACUGAAAUUGAUCAGCUAAAUUUUCUUGGUGCUGGAGACUGGAAAAAGCAUCCAGUUUGGCUGCUGUGGAGCAACAUUCAUAUUGGAUUAGAAAAUUGUGCCAAAAACUCCCACCGAUGAGAAUUCAUAGGUGUCCCAGCAUAUAGAUGAGCACUUACACGAUUCUCUUCUUUCCUGUUUACUGCAAAUUCUGCCUUAAGGCCUCUUGUCAUCAGGACUCAGAAGCCACUAAUUACAAAGGAAAGGGCAGUUAGUUGGCACAUUUUUCUGUCUUGAAGCAGCGCUUUCAGAUAAGAAUUAAUGUAAAUCUGCUUUUGUAAAUUGCGACUUUAAAUUUCACUGGCUCAAAUUUACAACAAGCUUUGUAUACCAGAAGAGGUUUUGGUAAGAGUUGAACAUUUUUAAACAGAAACUUUAAAGCAUCACCAACAGAUUCUGGAUUAGUUCACAUACGCACAUGAGUGUACGUGUGUGCACGCACACCCACCCACACACACCCACCCCCACACAUGCAUACUAAUUAAAUUAGAACACACACACACACAAAUAGCUAAAUUAGAAACCAGUUUUCAAUUUUAUAUAAUUACUAAUUAUUAAUAUGUAAAAUUCAUUUUUCUUUUAAUAUUUAAAAUAUACUCUCUAUGCCCCUGAAAUGUAUUAACAGAAGUUAACAAUUGUGUCUCAUGCCUAGAUUUAACAUUUUUGGCAUACCCCCAGAUCCUUUUGACUCACAUCUACAUUAGCAGUUAUUAGUUGACUUUUACUGAUAGAUACACCUUUAUGAUGGUGUUUUUGUAGAAACAUAAGUAGUCAAAUAGUGGCAUUUCUUGCAGUUUUGUACAGUAUUUCAGUAUAGUGCAUAAAUAAGUAUGUUCAUAAAAUCAAAUAAAAGGAGUAUCUUACGGAAAUAAGCAAAAUCACAACAAAAAUUGCUAUUCCUUUGCCUCGUUUAAAUUUUAUUUUUUUUUCAUUUUCUUUGUUUUAGUGUGAUUCUAUUAUGUGCUUUGCAUGACUGUAUUAAUACCAAGGUCACAAAUGCAUCUUAUUAACAGAAUUUGCCGUGAAGACAGCUUUGACAUUAAAAAUUCCCUCACAAAAGGUAAUCCGUAAUCCUUAAUAAAAUAAAAUUGUUACAUGAGCUAAUAAAUCUAUUUCUUUAAUUCCCUUCCAAUUACAGCUUCUUUGUUAUCUAAAUAGUUCUAACAUAUACACUUUAUUCGUAUACUGAAAUAGAAGAUAUUCUAUUUUCCUACACAUUUAAAUAUAACCUAGAUCCUCGGUAGAGUUUAAGAAAGUGCGCAACAGUCUAAGAAAGUGCACCAUGCUUGAGGGCAAGCAAUAAAAAUGCUUGUCUGGUAUUCAUUAUUAGAUACUUUAAAAUGUUGUUUUUGUAAGUUCUGCAUUUCCCCCUUCAUGUCUGACUAUAAAUUAUUAAUUUAUAAAUAUGUACAUAUGUAAAAAUAGUUGUAAAUAGCAGUUUCUGUGUGACAACAGAAAAGACUCAUCUUUACCUUUGACAAAGGGCUGCACCUACAUUGAUGGCACCAGUUUUAUUAACAUUUAUGGUAGAUUGGCCAGAAAAGUUACUCUUACUGUUAUCCUUAUUUUUCGUUUUCAUUGCCAAAAUCUUAUUUGAGCUUAACAACAUCCCGACAGUUCAGAUUUUCUGAUAAUGUAGAUAAGGAUUUUCUAUUAUUUCUCCACUUUGCUGUAUUUUUUUAUGCACUUCUUAAUCUUUUAAAGUUUAGAUAAAUCAAAGGGAGCUUUCGGUCUUGCAGGAGAGAGGGAGGAUGCUCCAUGAAAAAUGAUUUUAAAUUAUAGAACUAUACUGUUUACAGUCAUUCUCCCUUCCAUAAAGCAUUUUAAAGAUGCAAAAUAGAAGUAACAUGAAUUUAUUAAAAUGAGACCAAUUUUUCAGGAAAUACAUUUUUAAUAUACUAACAAAGGUCUCUUUGGCCCAUAAUAUGAUGCCUAUUUCAUGCAGUUGUACAUUGACAUAAAGAGUUAUGGUAUGUACAAAAUGUAGAUAAGAACAUGUGCAUAUACAGAGAUAGAGUCUCAUUAUUGUAUAGCUAGUUGCUGCUCUGAAUCAGCUAAUAUUUAUUCAACAAAUAUUUUUUUACCUCCUACUAUGUGCCAUACCAUGGGGAUGAUGUUAACACUUAUAUCACACCCACAGAAUUUAAUUGAAAAUUAAAGUGCACCUUCUUCUUCUAAAGACUUAAGAUCAAAGGCUAAAUGGAACACAUGAAUUAAUUUAGCACUGAGAGUUGUUCUAAUGAGCUAUAUCAUCAUGAGUGUGCUUAAGAUAGUGGCUGUUUUGUUUUUUCCUCCCAUUCAUGUUCCUAUUUUUCAAAACAAAAAAGGAACAAAUAUAAGCAUUUAGUAAUGAUUUUAAACAGUGAUUUUUAAAAUGCCAACGUUACUUUUUAGCAAUCUUCAGGGAUCUCUCUCGAAUUUAUCUCAGGUUUGGAUAAGUGAUCCCCUUGAGUGACAUUUUCCAUUUUUUUUCUUGAAUAUUUCAUUGUUUAUUUAAAAAGAACACAGACACUAUUAUUUCACUCAUAUUUUUCUUUGAUAUAUAAAAGAUGUAAUCCAGUAUUUAAUUACGAUAUGGUUCUUUUUAUAUUCCUGGCUAAGGGAACUCAAUUCUGCCAUGGUAUCAUAGAUUCUAGAGGGGUGCCAGAGCUCUGUGGAUUCUGUCACUAUUGUACUUUGGCAUGGCCUGUCAUCAUUUCAGUGAAGGGACAAGAGAAGUAAGUCAAGUCACCUGCAAAGUCAUGGUUCUUCAGCAUCUAUUAAGACUUUUUUCAAAUGCUUCAUUCUUGAUGCCUCAGACAAUACCUGUGAAAUGGGGAAAUGCUUAUUACUUAACUUGAAACUGAGACCAUAUUAAUAGGUUUACCAAACACCAAACUGUAUAGGUUGUUCCUGUUGUUAGUCUUCUCACAUUCUUACGUGCAUUUGCAUAUUUUUGAAGCAAUUUGCAGCAUUUUUUUCAUAUAAAAAGAUUCAGAAUUUCAAGGGAAUCAAGCUGACCCAUUGCUCCCGGUAGUACAUUUAUUUAGCUUUUUAAAAAAAUUUUAAUUCAAUUAAUUAACAUAUUAGUAUAUGAUUAGUUUCAGAGGUAGAGUUCAGUGAUUCAUCAGUUGCAUAUAACACCCAGUGCUCAUUCAUCA